CUUGUGCUACAUCAUCGAAUAAAAAAUUUUAAAAAUACGUGAUCGUAACCAGUUACAUAUAAGCCUAUAUUGGCCAAGAGAAAAAGAACACGAAACAGUCUAAGCGAUAAACUUCUUCGUUUGGCAUUAAACGUUUUGUACGUUCUCACUGUCAUAAUUUAAUUACUCACCCUUUUUGUCCUACAAAGCACGUCAAUAAGACAGUAAUACAUCUCCGUGCGCUUCACGCAUUUUCUGGUUACUGAAAUAGUUACGACAGUGCAAUCGAACUUUUGCUUUCGGAGAAUUACGUCUCGAGUAUGCGUUGUAAUAACGUCUCAUACAAGUCAGAAUAUUCUUCAUGGGUGAUAAACGACAAUGUUCGUUUGACCUUAGACAUGCAACGUUCGGACGGAUAUAACGAUUUAAAAUGGGCGAUUGGUCUAAAUCGACUCAUGUUGAAAAUCCCCGGUUUGUGGCCACCGGACAAUCAAGAUUCUCGUGAGCCUAUAAAAUCGAAAAUUCGACUACUGUGCAGCAUUAUUCUGCUUCUCAUACUGGCGAUACCAACUUUCAUAUCAUUGACAAGAGUAUGGGGCGACAUUAUUCUAAUGGUAGAUAAUUUGAUAUACAGUCUACCUUUGAUGAUUGCUAUAUUCAAAAUUUGCGUUAUUUGGUACAAACAAAAAGCUUUAGCGCCUCUGAUUGAUAUGAUCGCGACUGACUGGAUAAAACCAAAGACGAAAGAGGAGCGGGACGUCAUGCUAAGGCUUGCGAAAAUCAGUCGCAUGAUCGCCAUUUGUGGAUGGCUACUGGCGUCCUUUCUAACGAUAACUUUUUUCACCCUUCCAUUUUUUGGAGUAACAACUAGACACGUGACGAACUUGACUGACCCGGGAAGACCCUUGGCGAUACAAGCGUACUACUUUUACGACGUUUCCAAGAGUCCCCAGUUCGAGUUGACAGUUCUAGCGCAAGGAAUCUCUAUGUUCACGAUGGGUAUCACUUAUUAUGCAGUGGACCAUUUCCUCGGGCUGUUAGUUUUACACGUAUGCGGUCAAAUGGAAAACCUGCAUAUUCGGUUGACACAUAUGGAAAGAUACAAAGACUUUAAUGCAAUUUUGAAAUACAAUAUCCAGGAUCAUAUGCGCUUAAUCAGAUCCAUCGAAAUCAUCGAUGAUUCAUUCGAUUUAUUACUGCUUGGCAUAAUGUUAUAUUUCGGCAUAGUAUUCUGCCUGCUGGGGUUCCUCAUAGUUAACCUUCUUAAUGACGAUGGCCAUUUGUCAUUUAUGCAAUUAGUUUGGGCCGUCGCAGUGACUGUAUGUAUUUUAUUGCACAUGUGCCUUUACUGCGCCGUUGGCGAAACUCUUGUGACGCAAAGUGAAAAGAUUCAUAGCGCCACGUAUGAAUACGCGUGGUACACUCUGGAUCCAAAAGCAGCAAAGAACAUAGUGCUAAUCAUGCUACGUGCAAGGAAAACACUCCGCAUCACGGCUGGGAAAAUAUUUCCCAUGACGAUGGCAACGUUUUGCAGCUUAUUGAAAACAUCAACAGGUUAUAUAUCUGUCUUACUUGCUAAUCAAGAUUGAAAAAGAUUAAAGAAGAACGGCGAUGUUAUAAAUUAUGUGCUCAAGGUUAAGCAAUUAUUUAAUAGUAGUAUUUAAUAAUAUCAAUUAAUACAUUAUUAAUUGAAUUGCACACACAUAUAUAAACACAC